AAUAACUUGGUUGGUGGUCAAAGUAUUGCUCCAAAGCAAAGGCUGUCCUAAGUGCAAAUAUUUCACUAUCACUUCACUCUUCUGUCCGGCUUGUGUUACUCAGGAUUCUCGUGAUAUCAGAGAGACAGUCUCUUACAUGUGAAACCAAUUUGUCAUAUUCAGAGAGGCGCAGUGUUAAUUUGAGAAUACACAGCGUGCAUGCUCCACACAGCACUGUAAAAUGGGAUAUGCCUUUAGGAGCUAAGGCAUUAACACUUAUUUCUGAGGGUAGGAUGAGGUAGCCAUCCAGAGCCAUGGGAGGGGCCUGGGAUCCUGCAUUGCCAUCAAAGUCCAGUGAAGAAUAAUGGCUACCAGACGUGCUCAUACUGAAGAUGACCUUUCCUGUCCAAUUUGUGGACAUAUUCUCAGCCAGCCAGUUGUGCUCACUUGCAAACAUAGAUUCUGUAAAGCGUGUCUGAGAGACAGCUGGGACACACAAGGCAGUGGGGAUUCACACUUCUGUCCUUUGUGUUGGCGCCGUUCCUCCAUGGAUCAAAUAGUGGUGAGCACUCUGCUGGAGAAGACCUGUGAAUCCUUCAAGUUAGAAAGAAGCAAGAAUGAUCCGGAAGCUUGUAAAGAACAUGGAGAAAAGCUUACACUGUUCUGUUUGGAGGAACUGGAACCGAUCUGUGAGGUUUGUGGGAAAGCAGCUGCACACAGAGGACACAGACUUUAUCCCAUAGGAGAAGGUGUUCAUGACUGUAAGGAGGAACUGAAGAGUGCUCUACUGCCUUUGAAAGACAAGUUGCAGCUGUACAAGAAGGCAAGAGUGGUCUGUGAGGAAAUGGUAGAACAUGUUAAGAGUCAGGCUGAACAUACUGAAGCCCAGAUCAAAGAAGAAUUUGAAGCCCUCCAUCAAAUCCUAAAAGAACAGGAGGCUGCAAGACUUUCCUCUUUAAAGGCAGAGGAGGAGCAGAAGAAACUGAUGAUUAACCAGAGAAUUGAGGAGAUGAAUGAUGAAAUGACAUCUCUCUCCAACACCAUUCGAUUAGUAGAACAGGAGAUGAGUUCAAAUGACAUCCCAUUUCUUAAGAACUACCAGGAAACAAUAAAGAGGACCUGGCAGACUUCUCUUGAUCCGCAAAUUAUUUCAGAUGCUCUGAUUGAUGUAUCCAAACACUUGGGCUCAUUAAAAUAUAAAAUAUGGGAGAAGAUGAAGAGUAUCAUCAAAUAUAAUCCUGUGGUUCUGGAUCCAAACACAGCAGCAAGCUGCUUUGUCCUCUCACCAGAUCUCACAAUGGUGCAGAACUCUACCCAGAUUUUCAAACUGCCGGACAACCCAGAACGCUUUGACGUCAGUGCAGAGAUGCUGGCUGCUGAGGGCUAUUCCUCUGGACGUCACAGUUGGGAUGUGGAAGUGAAGGACAACACCUACUGGGUGGUGGGAGUCGCCAGCGGCUCCAUUAACAGGAAAGGAAAGCAUGUGCUGACGCCGGCAGAGGGGUUCUGGACUAUUCGGUUCAGGAAUGGAGAGCACAAGGCCUGCACAGCACCAUGGGAGCCACUAAACAUGAGUAAGAAGCCAGAAGUGGUUAGAGUGUCUUUAGACAUAGACCGAGGCAAGGUGUCCUUUUAUGACCCCAGAGAAAGAGCGCCUCUCUAUACCUUCAUGGAUGUCAUCACACCCAAAGCCUUUCCUUACUUUUGCUCUGCCUGCAAAGAGCAUCCACUUAGAAUUCUUCCCACAAGGAUAUCCUUGUCAACAGACAAUUAAUUCACCUUAAACAAAGAUCACCACA